AUGACGGAUUUGGCAGCUGCUUCGUUCGUGAUGACAGCGGCGGACGGUAGCGGUGCGUUGCCGGCAAGCAAUGGUUUGGUUCGGCAACGUCGUCGUCGUGUGGAGAGCAGCCAACUGUUGUGGAUACGGUGCAGGGGCAAGGUGACGGUCUGUGGGUCUGGUGGUGGUGAUCUUUUAUUUCAUGAUUUCAAAUCAAUAUUUUUCUAUUAUGAUAUUGCAAGAACUUAUCGUCUCUUGAGGUACUUAAUGCAUUCCGGAACAAUCUUAGCGGGAGUGUUCCGGAACCUAGCAGCCAUUUCACUUGGAGCCAAUAGGUUAUCUGGUAUUAUCCCUCCCUCAAUCUUCAAUCUCUCUUCACUCACAGUUCUUGACAUGAGCUACUGUAACCAUCUCACGGGAAGCAUUCCUGAGGACAUAGGCAUCACUCUUCCUAAUCUUCAGUACCUUGGCCUCGACAAUAACCAAUUUACUGGAUCCAUUCCUAUUUCAAUAUCCAAUUUAUCAGAUUUGGGACUUUUUCAAGUCAGUCAUAACAAUCUUAUCGGGAAAGUGCCUACGAUGGAAGGGCUACAUAAGAUUCAGUUUAUAAAUAUUCUCGACAAUCAACUAGGAAGCGAGGGAGUUGAUGACGACUUAAGCUUUAUAUGCUCUUCGAUUAAUGCCACCAAUUUAAAAGUGUUGUCAGUGGACCGAAAUAAAUUUGGCGGAAUGCAUCCUAAGUGUGUUGGCAAUUUGUCAACCAACCUUGAAUUGUUCAGUGUGGCUGACAAUGAUAUAUCUGGAAGCAUCCCUACCGGGAUUGAGAAUCUCAUCAACUUGAAUUGGCUAAAUAUGUGGAGCAACAAGUUCAAUGGUAAUAUUCUCACUAAUAUUGGAAAACUCAUAAAGCUAAAUAAAUUGAAAUUGGAUGACAACAAUUUCUAUGGAAACAUUCCGUCGCCUAUUGGAAAUUUUGAGUGUUUUAAACCAGUUGACUUUGAGAAGCAAUGA